GUUUCCGUCAUUAUCGUUGCUUUGUUUCCGUCUGUGCACUCCGGUUCUCCAGUAUCAGAACCCUCCGCUCCACCAAAUCCAGGACCAGGACCAGGCUCUGCUAUUCUUGCUCGGAUGUAUCGCGCUCCGAUUAGACCUCAGCGGAGUCCCGCAGCUCCUCAGGCGGCUGGAAGGUAUCCUUCCCCGUCUCCGUGUUGGGGCUUUCCCGGAGCUCGCUCCCCGUACGGAGGUUCCGGACACCGCGGAGGUUCCCCUCGGGGCUGCCCGCCCUGCUCUCCCGGUUCUCCCGUGUACUCCCCGGACUCCCACCGAGGGUACAUGGGCGCUUCUCCGGGCGGAUUCGGCGGGGACUCGCGGAGCUUCGACGGUCAGAGGCGGCGCAGAGGAGACGGUUUCAGGCGGCCUCAGUCCUUCUCUCCCUGUGGAACUUCGAACCUCCAGGUGGAGUUUGGUGUCGUCUACAGCUGUCUGGAAGACAAGAUGUUCACCGCCAGGAGGGGGAAGGGAGCGUUCUGCAACGGACAACCGCUGGAGGUUUCUGAGCAGAAAGACAUCCAGCAGUCCAUCGUGGCCACAGAGUUCGGAUCCAGCAGAGCCCCCGAAGCCGUCGACAGGAUCUUCUGCAGCCUGAAGAACGUCCUGAGCGUCCCGGUUCACGGGCUGCGUGGAGCAGGAACUGCAGCCAUCAACAUGUGUCUCUGUUCAGGAGGAGAUGGCUAG